UAAGGGACGAAGAGAAGCUGAUUUAAAGUUCGACAUAUACAUUGUCGUGUUUGAGUGACGGGGAAACAAUUAGGUACUAAACAAAUUUGUUUUGUGUUUGCGAAGAGUAUAUGUCAAUAGUGAAACCUUCUCGAAACAAAUCAUUAUAUUUGAACUAUACACUAACUUAUUCAAGCUUAACUAUCGUAUUUAGUUAUAUAACAAUAGAUAAACAUCAUCUUGACGAAUUUCAUUUCAAUUAUUCAUUUCAAUUAUUCAUUUCAAUUAUUCAUUUCAAUAAAUUCAAUUUAAUUAUUCACUUUUGACGAACGAUAACUUCAUAUAAAUAUUAAUUUAACUCCUAUCAACAUCCAUGAGUUCCAGUAAAAUACAUCAUCAAUGAGAUACAAAUUACCCAUCAUACUAAUAUAUCUAAUUGUUAUUGCUUGCUCAAUUGCAACUUCAAUAAUUGGAUUAUUGGUUCAAGUGGACAAUAUUAAUUCUUAUAUUCCUUUAUUAAUUUAUGAUAUAUCAGGAUUGGUAUUAUUAUGUAUAACUUUAUUUAAUUUAAUUUGGUUAAGUUUCCGAGGUUAUCAAUAUUUAUUACAAAUCAUUAGUUAUAUCAUAUUAUCAUUAUUUUAUAUAGUCACAGGAAUUUAUCUUAUAGUACAAUUCAUAGGUAACAAAUUCCAAUUUAUACCCAAACCAAAUGGAAUUCAUCCACCACCUCAUUGGAAUAUAAUCCUUAGUGUUAUAUUCAUUGUCAAUAUUAUAUUUAUUGCAUUAUCACAAAUAUUACUGCUUAUACAAUACUUCUCAAUACUUAAACAACAAUACAAUCAAGAUAUUGAAAAUUCAUCUCAUUCAGAAACUUCUUCAAAUAGAACUCACGUUGUACAUUCAAAUAAUAAGAAGGAUACCUAUAUAAAUUCACCUACAAAUUUAGAGGCUCUAGAAAAAGCCCAUGAACGUCAACAACAAAUCCCUUUCACUAAUUAUCUCUCUAAAAGGAUUAGUGAACAAACCCUCAUAGGCAAUACCAUCACCAAUAAUGAUAUAAACAAUCAAAUAUCUAGAAUAACCAAUAAGAAUAAUAACAACAAAAAUAAUAAAAAUAACAAUGAUAACAACAACCAAAAUAUUAUUUCAAAUAAUGAAGAAUCUGCUGCUGAAUUAGAUUUCAUCUUAAAAAAGUCAAUUGAAAUUCAAAGUUUUGAUAGAACCCUUCUUGACUACGAUACAAAUAAUUGGAUGUCAACUGGUUUGAAUUCAAUGUUCAUCAAACAAGAUUUAGUCAAAGCACAAUCAUCUCCUGAUUUAUUAUACAAGACUAGAUUUGGACUUUUCGCUGGAAGAUCAAGAUCCAAUCUAAACUUAGCUACAUCUACUAAUAUACCAAAAUUAACUUAUGAUUUGAGACAUACCAAUAGUAUUUCAACUAUACCGAAUUUAAAUGGUAAUAAAUCUACUAUCAAAUCAUCACAAAAUAUUGGUAAAUCAAUGCCUAAUCUUAGGAAUAGUAUAAGUGAAGGUAAAAUUACUGAGAGUACUUCAAAGGCUUCACUUUCUACUUUAUAUACAGAAAAUUCAGUAAAUGGAAUAUCUAGAAGUGUAUCAUUAUUAAAUUCAAAUUGUUCAUCAAAUAAUGCCUCUCGAAUAUUAUUAGAUGAACUUGAACAAUUUGAUAAUAAUCAGAAGAGUACUGAUCUUACCAGAAGAUCCAAAUCUACCAGUUGCAUAAAUAAUUCUACCAAUCAAAAGUCAAAGCAAAAGUUAAUAUCAAUGAAUGGUGAAAGACAUUUCCUUUCACAAGUCAAUGAAAGUUUACUUCCCUCAGUUUUAAAGAGUGGUGAGAGUCCCAUAAUGGAAUCUAAACGUAAACAAGAAGCAUUUAUAAAUCCCACCAAUAAUCCUGAGCCACCAUAUAAUACUAUAAUUAAAGAUGAUUCAGUUUAUAAUUUAGGUCCAUCAUUAAGUCCAGUUGGAGAAGUAGAAGAUUCUGGAUCCAGAAAAUCAAUUGAUAGUACAAAUUUACCAUAUUUAAGUAAUGAAUUUGAUAGUCAUUCUGUGAAUGAAACAGAUUUCAAUGGAUUUGAUCAAGGAUAUUCUAUACCACCCAAUAAUAAAUCCAUAAACCAAAAGGGCCAAAUAACAGGAAAACUGUAUGGCUCAAUAAAACCUCACACGAAGCAAGACGAAGAAUAUCCCUUGGUAUUGAAUGGACUUGAAAGAAUUCCCCCAUCUUCAACUGAUACCAGUUUGAAUUGGAAAGUAUCUCGAAAUGCCUCUGGAGUUAAUACAAUUUCAUUAGAUGAAUGGAAUAAUCAUUCAGAAGCAUAUCAAGAGAAUCUUAAUAGAAAUGGUGCUAGCCUUAAUGUACCAGGUUUAUCACACGUUGUUUCCGAUUAUAAUCUUACUUUAUUACAAAAUAAUGGAGCAAAUACUGAGAUUUCUGGAGAUUAUUUAUUACCACCAAAGGAAGGAAUAGUUGAUAAUAUUGAUAAUUUGUCAGAUAUUCAAACGACGUCAAGUUCUAAACAAAUGAAUAAUGCUAAUGUUAAUAAUACAAGAAUAUCAUCAGUGAGUAGAUCAUAUAGUGCUCCUUCAUUGCAUACAUUUAGGAAUCUAAGUGAUUCAAGUAAUGCAAAACUUAAUACCCAAAUUCCUGAUUCAUCAAUAAUUUCACUGAGUGUUACAUUAAGACCAUAUUCUACACCACCAGAGGCAUAUGUUGAAGAAGAAAAUAAUGAACUGACUAAAUCAGAACAUUCUCCAAUUAAACGAUUAUGGGAAAGUCCUAAACGAAUUGCUUCAUCAUUAAGAAGGAAAUCAAGAAGAUUAAGUGCUGGAAUUAAUUCUGAAUCAAUGAUUAAUUCAAAUAGUCAUAAACAUAGUAAUUCAGUUAUAUCCAAUACUUUAUCAGUAAAAUCUAAUGUUUCAUCAAGAUCAGGUUCACCUAGAAAAUCAUUAAAAUCUAUUUUAUAUACUACUAAAUCUCAUCAUAGAAAUAAUUCAUCAAUUCCUACCUUUAAUAUGUCAAUUCCAACCACAAAGUUAUCAUCAGAAUUAUCUGAAGUUCCAGCCUUAUCUGUUGGUUCAGCUCCAUAUAUAGGUGAAGAACCGAUUGAUUUUUGGGAUUUAGAUACUAAUCCAGGAUCCGAACGAUCUAGAAUUAGUUCUUUACCCAGUGCCGUCAUUGGAGAAUAUGAUAAGGAGAAAUGGAGAACUUUAAAGGCACUUGAGAAUCAAGAGAAGGUAUCGUUUAAUAUAGAAGCUUAAUGUCUGGAAAAUUAUCAUUUUACUAUAGAGGAUUAAUCUGAGUAUUAAUCUUAGUUUUAAUCUAUGUAUAUACCCAUUAAUUGUAUAUUAAUUGUAUAUUAAUAGUAUAUUAAUUUUAUAUUUAUUGUAUAA